UGAGGCCCGAAGGGGAAAGCCUUGCACACAGAUCUAAGCCAGCUGCCCUGAUUUAAACACUUCAUUGCAAGAAGAGUGGAAGCGAAGGGGGAAUCUGCAUGCAAUCCCCCCCCCUACCAGUGUGCUCAAAGUACACUGGCAAAGCAGCUGCCCGAUCUACAAGCUACACAUUCGGACGCUUGCAAGUAAAGGCAUUAAGGAGUCUUUCUGUCUCACAUUCUCAGGUCUCAAACGGCACUGGUUGUCCUGAGAGGGGGGUCCUUUAGGCAAACUGACCUCUGGGGUUAACCUGAACCAGUGUUUGUGAAGCUCUGUGGAGGAGGGGAGGAGGGAACAGUUAGUGGGAGGCCACAGUGGGGCUCCUGAGCUGCUCAAGAAGGAGACGAAGCAGUCGCCGGGAAGCAAGGCAAGAGGAGGAUAUGGCCACGGGAGAAAUCACAACACUUCCCUCCACACCUGAUGACGGAGGCAGCGGCGGCUUUCCUCCCGGGAGCUUCAAGGACCCCAAAAGGCUGUACUGCAAGAACGGGGGCUUCUUCUUGAGGAUAAAGCCUGAAGGGGGUGUGGAUGGAAUCCGGGAGAAGACCGACCCCCACAUAAAACUUCAACUCCAGGCGACCUCAGUGGGCGAAGUGGUCAUCAAAGGAGUGUGUGCGAAUCGCUAUCUGGCCAUGAACAGAGAUGGACGACUGUUUGGAGCGAGACGAGCGACAGAUGAAUGCUACUUCUUGGAGCGGCUCGAGAGCAACAACUACAACACGUACCGCUCCAGGAAGUACCCCGACAUGUACGUGGCACUGAAGAGAACCGGCCAGUACAAGCCCGGGAGCAAAACUAGCCGAGGUCAAAAGGCCAUCCUGUUUCUUCCAAUGGCUGCCAAGGCUAGAAGAAGAUGUGACGGCAAUGAAGACAAGGUGGCUCCAUCGACAUUGCCCCAAAACAGCUGUGAUGCUUUCUGACUGUUGUAUCCUGAACAUGUCUGCUCUUAGUCAGCUUUUACUUUCAAACUGUGGCCACAUUCAC